GUCCGAGUCCCUCAGCACCAUGGUCAGCGGCAGGAUCUUGCUCCUCAGCGCCUCCUGCUGGCUGCUGGUAGUUGUGGGAAGCAGCGAGGAGCUGAAACAGGAGCGAUCAGCUGAGGACGAGGAGAAAGUGCUGAUCGAAGCUCUACAAGAAGUUCUGGAGAAGUUAAAGAACAAAGAGCCGCCGUCGUCAGAGAAGAAGCUCGGCUGGGUUCCUGCAUGUGACGCGGGGCAGCAGUGUGCGGUGCGUAAAGGAUCGAGGAUCGGGAGGCUGUGCGCAUGUCCCGGAGGAACCGCCUGUGACUUCAGCGUCCUCAAGUUUCAAACAUCUGCUGCACAUAAGGACUUCAUCGGGACAUUCACAUUUGUGAAGUGUUGCUCUUUAGGCUUGGGAACCGGAGGGUCACCUGUGCAAGUCCAGCACUGCCAAAGGAGCCCCUGAGUGAGCAAGGCCCCGACCCCCCUAAUGGCCCCUAAUUAGGAGGAGUUAAAUGCAGAGGACGCGUUCUUCAUGCGUUGUGGUCACUGUAAAAUUGUAUGCGGCCAAAUAAAGUUGUUUUGAUUAUUG